CCCUGGGAAUGAAAAGGACGUGGCGGGUAGUGAGGGGGCUUACUUGCAGCCCAUCCUCUGAAGUCUCAACAUCUAACCUACUGCCCGCAAGGAAGGCUAGGAGAACCAGAACCCAGCAUGUCGGACCAGUCAGCCUUUGACACAGACGUUUGGACCCUGACAAGGUUCAUCAUUGAGACGGGUCGACAGGCUAAAGGAGCCACCGGGGAGAUGACCCAGCUCCUCACUGCCAUGCUGACCGCCAUCAAAGCCAUUUCCUCUGCUGUGCGUAAGGCGGGCCUGGCCCACUUGCAGGGCAUGGUGGGCUCCGUGAAUGUGACGGGAGACGACGUGAAGAAGCUGGACGUGCUGUCCAACGACCUGGUCAUCAACAUGCUGCAGUCGUCCUACAGCACCUGCUGCAUGGUGUCUGAGGAGAACAAGGAGCUCAUCAUUACUCCCAAGGAUAAAAGGGGAAAGUAUGUGGUCUGCUUUGACCCUCUGGAUGGGUCCAGUAACAUUGACUGCCUGGCCUCGAUUGGAACCAUAUUCGCCAUCUACAAACGGAUAUCAGAAGGGGAGCCCGCAGAUCAGGACGCCCUGCAGCAGGGAAACAACAUUGUGUGUGCUGGCUAUGCUCUGUACGGCAGCGCCACCCUCGUGGCCCUCAGUACCGGCGCCGGCCUCAACUUCUUCAUGCUUGAUCCAGCAAUCGGUGAAUUCAUCCUAAUUGAGAGGAAUGUGAGGAUCAAGCAGAAGGGAAAGAUCUACAGUCUGAACGAGGGCUACGCCAAGUACUUCCAUCCCUCCAUCAAUGAAUACCUCAAACACAAGAAGCACCCUGAGGAUGGCAGCUCCCCAUAUGGGGCCCGUUAUGUGGGCUCCAUGGUCUCAGAUGUUCACCGCACCAUCGCCUACGGAGGGAUCUUCAUGUAUCCUGCAAACGAGAAGAGCCCAAAAGGAAAGCUGCGGCUGCUGUACGAAUGCAACCCCAUCGCCUUCCUCAUCGAGCAGGCGGGCGGCCUCGCCACCACCGGCACCCAGAGGAUUCUGGAUGUUCAGCCCGAAGCUCUCCACCAGCGAGUACCCUUCGUGGUCGGCUCGCCAGAUGACGUCAACGAAUACCUGUCGUUUGUUAAGAAGUUCUCAUAAAAACUGCAGCUGAAUUUUUAUAAAUGAUAUGUCUGAUAUAAAGUUUUUACUCAACAAAGAUAUUUUGUUAUCACCUAAAAUAUUUCCUAUUUUUGCGAUAAAAAUAAAUUGAGUUUUUAUAGAUUGAGCUUUCAUCCAGGACACCCUUAUAAAUGAGAAUUUAAAUUUCAGUGGCUUUUUCCUGGUUAAAUAUUAAGAAACACAAAUACUUAAUAGUAAAAACUUUGAGUUGCUGCGUUCAUGAGCCAAUCCCAAAACAAUGUUCUCAACAGAAAAUAAAUCCAUGUAAUCAAAAAAGCAAAGACUACAUGUAUUUUUUCUGUGCAGAUAGAGCUUAAACCAAAUAUUUAAAUAAACUCUAUAAAAAAAUA